AUGUUAAAUUUUUGUCCUACUGCAGUGAUGGGGCCCCGCCUGCUAGCUAGCUCUUUGAGAUCAAGCAUAUGGUUUAAAUGUCCCGUAAGGGCCUAUUCCAAGGGUAAAUUCGUCUCAUCGAAAAAUAAGAAGAAUAAAAUGCAGACGUUAAAACCGUUAAACUUUGUCAUUCCAAACUAUACGUCUGUAAACAAUUUAGCCAACAUGCUUAAUAUUAAAUUGGACAAAUUAGUGAAGGACUUGAAAGAUCUGGGUUUUACGAAUGCCAGGACUGACUUCAUUCUCUCUAAAGAUUAUAUUCAAUUAAUUCUGCAGGAAUAUAAUUAUGACGUUCCAUCUUCUUCGGGGAGUAGUACUAAUUCUGGGAAUGUUUAUAAUGCGUUAAAGGUAUCUUUGAACCCCAGGAAUCUAGCAGAAAGACCGCCGGUAGUAACAAUUAUGGGCCAUGUCGAUCAUGGUAAAACAACAAUAUUAGAUUACUUGCGUAACUCUUCUUUAGUUGAUAAGGAAAGUGGUGGUAUUACUCAACAUAUAGGGGCUUUUCAGGUUGUAACACCCGUUUCAAAGCGCAAGAUCACAUUUUUAGAUACUCCUGGGCAUGCAGCUUUUCUUAAAAUGAGACAACGUGGUGCUAAUAUUACAGACAUUAUUGUGUUGGUCAUCUCUGUAGAAGAUUCAAUCAUGCCUCAGACUAUUGAAGCUAUUAAGCAUGUUAAAAAAUCGGGUAACGAGCUGAUCGUUGCAAUUACCAAGAUAGACAAGUUGAGUUCACAGAAGAAGAAAGAUGAAGCUAUCACCCGGGUUACAAAUGAUUUAUUAAGCCAUGAAAUUGAGGUUGAGAGCAUAGGUGGUUCUGUUCAAGUUGUAUCGGUGAGUGGUAAGACUGGUGAAAACAUGGAUCUGUUGGAGGAAUGUAUCAUUGCUUUGAGUGACUCGAUGGAUUUAAAAGCUGAAUAUGGUAGAAGUACGAUGAUAGAAGGAUGGAUCUUGGAGAGUGAAGUUCAGAAAGCUCUUGGAAAUGUUGCCACGGUCCUGAUCAGGAAGGGUGAGUUGCAAAAAGGCAACAUAUUAAUAUGCGGAAAUACUUAUUGUAAAGUUAGAGCAAUUUUGGAUGAGCAUCGGAAUCCUAUUCAAAAUGCUUGUCCUGCCCAAGCCGUUAAGGUCAGUGGAUGGAAGGAACUUCCAAGUGCUGGAGACGAAGUAAUUCAAGUUUCAACUGAAGCAACUGCAAAAAAGUUUGUAACUAAGAGACUGAAUUUGGUAAAACUAGAAAAAGAAGCUACUACGGUUGAAAAAUUGAAUAACGAACGGACACAAACCAAAGAAUUGGCGGAAAAAAACAAUUACGAUGAUAAGGAGAGAGGCGAAGUAGAUUCUCCGGAAUGUAAGGGCCCCACGAAGGUUAAUUUCAUUCUUAAGGCAGACGUUUCAGGUUCGGUUGAGGCUAUUCGUGAAAGUAUAGGGCAUUUAGGAAAUGAAGAAGUUGUUUGUAAUAUAGUGGAUUCAUCAGUAGGAAUGCCUACAGAAAGUGACUUAAGAUUGGCUCGUGUGUCGAAUAGCAUUAUCCUCUGUUUCAGUUUGGGCAAUCUACCAAAUGAUGUUCUGAACAAUAAAGAAAAAGUGGAAGUGCGCCAAUUUGAUGUCAUCUACAAGUUAAUUGAAAGUGUUACCGAAACUUUAAUUGAAAACAUGAUGCCAAUAUACGAUUGUAAACAGAUUGCUACCGCAGAAGUGCGUGAAAUUUUCAACUUCUGUUUAAAGCAGAAAAGCAUUCGUAUUGCUGGGUGCAAAGUUACUAACGGAAAGAUUUCAAGAAAUUCUCUUGUAAAGGUACUUCGUGGAGCUGAAGACGAAGUCAUUUUUGAUGGUAAACUGGCGACCCUACGGCAAGGUAAAGAAAGCCCUGCAGAAGUAACCAAAGGUAAAGAAUGCGGCAUAACUUUUGAAAAUAAUUUUGAAGGUUAUGAACCUGGUGAUAAAAUAAUAGCUUAUGAGAAAAUCAAAGUCCAAAGAUAUCUGUGA